AAAGUUUAAACCACCAGCAGGCAAGGCAGCAGCAGAGCUGUGGGCUGAGCUGAGGAAGAAAGCUGCUUGUCCUGUCAGUGUGAAAGCAAAAUACCGACCAAACCUCAAUCAAUCAGCCUCGGAAUCCGGAAAGCGAAAGCAAUUUGCUUGGUCGAUCUGUUGUCAAAUUAGGGUUUCUGUCUCGCUUCUGUAUAGAAGAAGGUAGUCGUGGUGGUGAAGUGAUCUCGCUGCGAGAUGGGAGUGAUUUCAGUGAACUCCCUUCCCCUAGGGUUCCGGUUCCGUCCCACCGAUGAGGAGCUGAUAAGCCACUACCUGAGGCUGAAGAUAAACGGGCGCCACUCCGAGGUCGAGGUGGUCCCGGAGAUUGACGUCUGCAAGUUCGAGCCCUGGGAUUUGCCCGGGCUGUCAGUGAUAAAGACGGAUGAUCCUGAGUGGUUCUUCUUCUGCCCACGGGACCGGAAGUACCCAAAUGGUCACAGAUCGAACCGGGCAACGGAUGCUGGUUACUGGAAGGCCACUGGGAAGGAUCGGACCAUCAAGUCCCGCAAGUCGGGCUCGAAUACCACCCUGAUUGGGAUGAAGAAGACCUUGGUUUUCUACAGGGGGCGUGCUCCUAAAGGUGAGCGGACGCACUGGAUCAUGCACGAAUAUCGUGCUACGGAGAAGGACCUUGAUGGCACUGGUCCUGGCCAGGGUGCUUAUGUUCUCUGCCGCCUGUUCAGAAAGUCAGAGGAGAAGCCCGAAGCCCUGAAAUAUGGAGAUGUCCAACCGAAUGGUUUUUCGCCAAUAGCCAAGUCCUCUCCUGAGCAGACCUCCUCGGAUCUUGUACAAGGAACACCAGCAUCAGACGCCGGAGUGAAUAGGCAAUCAGAAGGUAUUAAGCGGUGGCUAACUGAUAAGCUGGACGAUAUGACAGAGGGAACAACCUUCAAGGGGCAUCCACUCCUAGGAGACGAUCCAAAUUCGUCUAAUGUUCCAUAUGAUCAAGUGGAUUGCAAAAUUUUCUCUCCUGAUCAAUCUCACCAUCAAGAAGAGCUGGUGCCUUAUGUGGGUUCACCUUUCGCCAAUGACUUUGGCAAUGAUCAUGAUGGGCUACUUUUCCAGGAUGGGACUAGUGAGCAGGACAUCUCUCUUACUGAAUUGUUAGAUGAGGUCUUCAACAACCAUGAUGACUCCUGCGAGGAAUCGACUAGUCAGAAGAACUCUGUGGUUGGAGGUGAGAUCCAUGUCAAUCUUGCAGGGCCCUCAUUUUUUAAAGACAGUGGACUCUUCAGUGAUACUGACACUCAGAUGGCCCAAAUUCAGCACAAUGCAAACUUGGGAGUCUUUCCGCAGCUUAAUCAGAAUUUUGUACGAGGGGAACACAAUUAUUUUGGGGCUCUACAAGAUGUCUUCUUUGGUGGUUCGGCUUCAGGUCUAUUUAAUCAUGAGAUCAGCAAUGUCGAAGAAUCAACUGGUCAAUCUCUCAACAAUUUUGCUGGUGGAGCUGGAAUCAAGAUUAGGACACGUCAACGUGAACUGCCUCCGAACAUGCAUUCUCCCAUUUCCCAGGGCACUGCCUGGAGGAGACUCUGUUUACAAAUGGAGCAUGAGGAAGUGCAGUCGGCUGCUACUGAGGAGGUUGGAGAUACUGCAGAGAACACCUGCCCUUCGAGUGUUGCAGCAUCUAAUAUUUCUGAAGGAUCGAUAAAUGAAAAGAAUCCUGAUAAUCAUAAUGGAACGGGUAUCAAGAUCAAGAGCCGCCAGCCUCGACAGCAGCAGAAAUCAGAAAAUGUGGCUGCCCAGGGAACUGCUGCGAGAAGAAUUCACCUACAAGUAAAUCUGAAACCUGGUUCAGUACAUGAUGACGAAGAAGUCACAUCUGCUCUCACCGAGGAUAAUAAAGGAGAGCCGGAGCAUCUUCCUGCCACUGAUGAGCCAAAGAUGGAGAACACAAAGCUUGAUAAUGGGGAAGAUAUUGCUAAAGAGCGCUCCGCAAAUCUGAGAUUGAGGUCAAUACAAGGCGGCAAAUCAUCAGGUGUUCAAACAGGAAGUUGCUCCGACAAGAGUUUGGCUCUCCGAGGUUCUAGUCCCAUGUCUCACUAUUUGAGAGGCGCCUCUGUGAUUAUUAUGGUCCUAGUAGUCGCUCUCCCUGUAGGGAUGCUGCUGUGCCUCAGAUCGUGAUUACCCUUGGGUCACAUCUUUCUAAGUUCGUCAUGGCAGCUCGUGUGUGCAUAUUACUUGUUUAUGGGUAGAUUGAUGAGGCAGGCACCGUCUACUUCUUCACUUGCAUGCCCCUUCUGUCUUGGGUUAGCCGAUCAACUGAGAACUUCCUGGUAGAUAGUGUUGUUUGGUAGUGGCAUUAGAUGGUCUUAAGGGUUAGUUUAUGUAUCUGAGACGAGCUCAGCGUUAUGUAUCGGGGCUCGACUUCUCUGCAGUAGCUUGUGGAGACCAGUGUCCACCCUUUGAUGCUGAAUGUAGAGUUAGCUUCUUAUUGCAAGUGUAUUCGCAUUGUCGAUUGACGGAGACGUGCCUGUGUGUAAAUGAUUCCGAGUUAAGGUUUUGCAUAUCCUUA